AAGAGUAGCCGUUUCAAACGCGCCGGACAGAUUCGCUUUGGGGAAUUUCGGGACAAAGCUUUAAGCGGAUCCGAGUUGUCACGGGCGGUCGGUUGCCUCCCUCGGCCUCGCUGCUCUUUUUUUCCUGUUGCCGUUGUGCUGUUCCGCCGCAUCAUCUCCCCCACAUUAUCUUAGCUCUACGCUUCUUUUUUCGGUAGUGGCUAUCCAAGAUCCAGAUCUAGAUUUUGUAUCUUUAUGACUGAUUUGGCCGGUUGAUUGAUUUUCUACUUGUCUUUCUUUUUUCGCCCCGUCGCGCAGUUCGCGUGGUGUGCAUUUCACCUCCUUCAAGAUGGCGACCGCUACAAUGACUAUGCCGCCACUUCCCAAGUCGAAGAAAAAUGCCAAACUUCCCCCGGAGAAUGAACGUUUUAUGAGAGCUUGCUCCGAUAUUGCGAAUGCCCUCAUCCAAGAAUAUGAAGCGCAACGCGAUCCCAAGAAACCCAAGAGAGAUAUCAACCUCAACAAACUGCGGGGUCAAGUCGCCAAAAAGCAUGCCCUGGCUACACAACCCCCAUUGACAGCCAUUAUCGCGGCUGUCCCUGAGCACUACAAGAAAUAUAUCCUUCCCAAGUUGAUUGCGAAGCCCAUCAGAACGUCGUCCGGUAUCGCGGUUGUCGCGGUCAUGAGCAAACCCCAUCGUUGUCCCCAUAUCGCCUACACCGGAAAUAUUUGCGUCUACUGCCCUGGUGGCCCUGAUUCCGACUUUGAGUAUUCUACACAGUCAUAUACCGGAUAUGAGCCGACGUCGAUGCGCGCGAUCCGUGCCCGUUACGAUCCGUUUGAGCAGGCCCGAGGACGUGUGGACCAGAUCAAGUCUCUGGGUCACAGCGUGGACAAGGUGGAGUACAUCAUCAUGGGUGGAACAUUCAUGUCUCUUCCGGAGGACUACCGUGAGUCGUUCGUGGCUCAGUUGCACAACGCGCUCAGUGGAUACCAGACGGACAAUGUCGACGAAGCAGUACAGGCUGGUGAGAUGAGUAACGUGAAGUGCGUGGGUAUCACGAUCGAGACAAGACCGGAUUACUGUCUCGACCAACAUUUGAGCAGUAUGCUCCGCUACGGAUGUACCAGAUUGGAGAUUGGUGUCCAGAGUCUGUAUGAGGAUGUUGCCAGAGACACAAACAGAGGUCACACUGUUGCGGCCGUCGCAGAAACAUUCAAGCUUGCCAAGGAUGCCGGCUUUAAGGUCGUCAGUCAUAUGAUGCCGGAUCUGCCCAACGUGGGCAUGGAGCGUGAUUUGUUCCAGUUCCAGGAGUACUUCGAAAACCCGGCUUUCCGAACGGAUGGUCUGAAGAUCUACCCCACGCUGGUCAUUCGUGGAACUGGUCUCUAUGAGCUAUGGAGGACUGGUCGUUACAAGAACUACACACCAAACGCCCUUAUCGACCUGGUUGCCCGCAUCCUGGCUCUGGUGCCCCCAUGGACGCGUAUCUACCGUGUCCAGCGUGAUAUCCCCAUGCCCCUGGUGACCUCGGGAGUCGAGAACGGCAACCUGCGCGAACUGGCCUUGGCACGCAUGAAGGACUUUGGCACCACCUGCCGCGACGUACGUACCCGUGAAGUCGGUAUCAAUGAAGUCAAGAACAAGAUCCGCCCAUCCCAAGUCGAGCUGAUCCGCCGUGACUACACGGCCAACGGAGGCUGGGAGACAUUCCUUGCCUACGAGGACCCCAAGCAGGAUAUCCUGAUCGGUCUGCUGCGCCUGCGCAAGUGCAGCCCAACCCACACCUUCCGGCCCGAGUUCACCGGUCAGCAGACCAGUAUCGUGCGUGAGCUGCACGUGUACGGAUCUGCCGUCCCUCUCCACGGACGUGACCCGCGCAAGUUCCAACACCGCGGAUUCGGAACCCUGCUCAUGGAAGAAGCAGAGCGCAUCGCUCGCGAGGAGCACGGCAGCACAAAGAUCAGUGUUAUCUCUGGUGUCGGUGUGCGCAGCUACUACGCUCGUCUGGGAUACACUCUCGAUGGACCGUACAUGUCCAAGAUGCUCGACCCGAUUGAAGACGAGGAGUUUUAAGCACUAUCAGAGAAAACAGACCGUUUAUGAAUAUGAAUGAUGUGCGGUAUUGCAACAACACCCACAAACGAUAC